CUACCCAUCCAUUAAAAAAAAUUGAUCCUGUAUUAGCAUGGAGAAAGCAAUUAAACUAUUAGAGGCCCGGGGAACAAAAUUGCAUGACACAAGAAGCCAACAAACACAGGAUUAAGAAGCAAUUUGACUUUGGGGAAUAUGUUUAUAUCAAGUUGCAGCCUCAGAAACAAUUUUCUAUGAGAAACCAAAUUUAUAAGAAACUCUUGCUUAUGUUUUAUGGUGUUUUCAAGUGGUAGACAAAAACCUGAAAAUUUUCACUUGUAACAAGGGUUUUCACACCUUGUGAGUUGAAUGCUUCUUUGACUUUGCUAAAGUUCUCGUUAACAAAAAGUAAAGUAAUCCACCUACCCGAACCCGCCCACCCGUUUCACAGCAUCUGACCCGUUGUUUACAAAUUGUGUGAUUCCAUGUAACUAUGUUACAGGGUGGAAUAGAUUUGUUGAAGAAAAAUAGUAAGCAAAAGCAAAAAUGGAAUCGGAAACUUCAGAUUGGCCUUACACAGCCACCCAAGAUCAUCAUCAUCACAUCCCAAUCGAUCUCUUCGGUUCCAAAAAACACGCCGGACUUCCACGUGGCAUCCUAUCGUUCACCGAUGCAUCCGGUAACAUAGUCUUCAAGGUGCACCGCCAACCACCCAAUCCCAGUUCCAUCAAACUCUUGCUCGAUCCCAACGAUAAUCCUCUCUUCUCCAUCCACCGCCAUCACAAUGGGAAUUGGAAAUGUUAUAAGGGAAGUGGCGAUGGGGAAAAGGAAGUUAUGUUUGAAGUGAAAAGGACUGUGAAAACAUUUACUAGAAUUGAGUUAGAGGUGAUUUUCUCUGGUGAGAGAUUAAACGACGACGUUUGCGACUUAAGGGUUAUUGGUUCACCUUUCAAGAGAUCUUGUAGCAUCUAUAAGAACACUGAUUUGGUGGCACAGAGUAGUCUUAUGUACAAGCUUAACCAAAUAUAUGUGAGUAGGGGUAAAUUUCGUCUGACGAUUUUUCCUGGGAGUAUAGAUCAUGCUCUUAUUGUGGCUUUGUUUGUGAUAUUCUUGAAUGGAAGAAAAUAGGAUCGUUGAUAUUGCAACAUUCAAUUGCAAUAUAUGUGUAAUAACUUAGAGCUGUAAUGCAAGAAAAGGUUUUGAUUUGUGAUA